AUGGCGGUCGAACGCGCAGCCGCGGUGAACGCAUUGGCCGAUCACGUGACGAAUAAGGUGGGUGAGGCGAGGAAGGCUUUGGAGGAGACAGUCAUUAAAUACAUCGGCGUCGCGCAGACCAAUAUUGCAGCCGCCGUCACUCCCCGCCUCAACGGGAGCGGAGGGAAAGGGUUGAGCCACAAGGAAAUCCCCGCCGCCAAAACGGCCCCAGGCGGUGCUGCCAAAAUUGGCAACGCGCUGAAUGCCAAGAUAGCGGAGGUGACAUCGGUUCCUAAACAGCCUCUCGCAGGUGCACGCCCUCCGACCGGCGCGUCUGCUGACGUCCCGUCUGCCGACAAGGAUGGCCGCGCGGGGAAAGGGGUGGCCGCUGCGAACGCGCUCAAGGACCAGGUAGGCUCCUUACGAGCCAUAGGGCUGCUCAACAGCCUUCCCCCCCCUGUCGAUGCACGCCUUGCCAAAACAAUAGCUCGCUUUGAAGCCCCCAUCUUCGCCGUGCCAUCCGCCAGUGUGCCACGUGUAGCACUGGCCGUCGCCGCUCGUACUCUUGCAGACUUAAAGUCCGCUUUGCUGCGCGCCCAGUUGGGCAUGCGAGGGUCGACUGCGCCAACUCAGCAGGCAGCUGGCUCUAGCGCGACGCCAACAUCGGGGAAUUACGCAGCACCCACUCCGGUGGCGGCUGAUGUCGAGAAAGCGGCGGAGAAGGGUGUGCACGGCAUUGAUCGGUACAUCGGCAAGUCGUGCGAGAAGAUGCAGCUCGCGUAUGUGCACUCCAUCGCGUACGUCGUCUACGGCGGUUUCGUGAGCAAGAUGCUCAUGGAUGAGCUCAUCGGCUUGGACACUGCCGAGUUGGAGAGGUGGAGGAAGGUGUGGGAGGAGGUCAAGAUCUUGCCGACAGGGAUGUGGACGGUGAUGUGGGCCCGGGGUGUGCUCCUUCCAAAGAUACGGUAA